UCCAACAAGCUGGCUUCAGCAUAAAUUUCCUGUCUGCCCUUGGCCACACCUUUUGUCCAACCAGGAAGUGCAAUCCCCAACAGCAAGGUCCAGAAUGGUACCUGAUCAGAGUGGAGAUGACUGUGACAGAUGUAAACGACAAUGUCCCAGAGUGGAGCAUGGUUCCUGCCCCCUACCUGGCUGUGGUUUCCCCUGACGCUCCUGCAGGUUCUCUGGUCUACAAACUUUACGCUCUGGACGGGGAUGAAGGCAACAACGGUGAAGUGGAGUACUUUCUGUCCGAUGGAGGUGAUGGUCGUUUUGAAGUGGACAGGAAGACCGGUCAUGUACGGACCACCGGCCUCCCCUUGCAGCGGGACAGGGAGUACCUGCUGACGGUGGUGGCUGCAGACCGGCUGGGCAGCCGCAGCGCUCCUGCUGUUGUCUCAGUGGUGGCUGGAGCCCGGCCGCCUCAGUUCACCAACGCCUCCUUCACCAUUGCCAUACCAGAAAACACCCCUGAAGGACAGGCCUUCCUGGUCACACCUGCUGUGUCCUUCCAGGAGAAACCAAUCAGCUACAGCCUUCUCAUCAAUCCCAGCAGUCUCUUCUCCAUCACUGCAGAAACUGGGGAAAUCAGCCUGACCCGCCCAAUCGACUACGAGAGCGACCAGCAUCGUUACCUGCUGCUGGUGCGAGCCAGCGAGGGCCUGGACAGCUUGAGCAGUGCUGCAGAGGUGCGAGUCAUUAUCAUUGACGAAAACGACUGCGUGCCAGAGUUUCUUCAGUCCAUUUACAGCAAGGAUGGCGUACCAGAAACCGUGACGACUGCAACCUCUCUGCUGCAAGUGUCAGCCAAUGACUGUGACUCAGAGGAAAAUGCAGAAUUGACCUACUACACCCUGAGUCAGGACUUCACCAUUUCUCCUCAUGGGACCAUCUUCCCUGCUGGUCCUCUGGACUAUGAGAAACCGAACCACCUGUAUGAGUUUGUUGUGAUGGCAGUGGACAAGGGGGAGGUCCCUCGCACCGGCACCACUACAGUACGGAUACGAAUGGCUAACGUCAACGAUGAGGCGCCUGAGUUCUCCCAACACAUAUAUCGGACGUUUGUCUCAGAGGACGCCGGCCCCAACACACUUGUUGCCACGGUGCUGGCAAAGGACCCCGACGGGGAUGGGAUAACAUAUAAGAUUACAACCGGAAACGAGGAGGGCAACUUUGUGAUUGACAAUCAAAAAGGUUUGAUCCGUCUGCGCUCCAGCCCUCCCCCUCACCUCCAGGGUGUCGAAUAUGUCCUCAACAUAACAGCAACGGAUGACAACACCUCGGGCGGACCUCAGGCCUUGUCAUCCACGGCACAGGUCGUGGUGGGAGUGGACGACGUGAAUAACAACAAGCCUGUCUUUGAGAAGUGUCAACAGUACAGAGAGAGCACGUCCGUCCUGGAGAACCAGCCGGCGGGGACAUUCGUUCUGCAGGUCCACGCUGUGGAUGCUGACGAGGGCUCCAAUGGAAGGGUCACAUAUGGCUUCAUGCAUAAAGACUCUACUGUGCCUGCAUUCAGUAUUCACCCAGACACCGGAGUCAUUGUAACAGCCAGGAAGUUUGACCGUGAACGUCAACGGGAGUACGCUGUGACAGUGACUGCCACUGACCAGGCAGCUGACCCACUGAUUGGAAUCUGUCAGCUUAACAUCCUCAUCCUGGACCAGAACGACAACAGCCCCAAGUUUGAGAACAUUCGAUAUGAGUACUUCCUUCGUGAGGAUACAAUGAUUGGGACAAGUUUCUUGCGUGUAGCAGCUCAUGACGAUGAUUUUGGCACCAACGCAGCCAUCAUGUAUUCCAUGUCCAGUGAACAGCCAGAGUACCUCAGAGUCAACCCGUUGACAGGCUGGGUGUACGUCAACCAGCCCAUAUCUCAGAGGACCUACAUCACCAGGGAGAUUGUGGCCACAGACGGAGGCAACAGGAGCAGUUCAGUGGAGCUGGCAGUCACCAUCACCAACGUGAAGAACCAGCCUCCACAGUGGGAGAAGGACAGCUACAGCGUGGUCAUACCGGAGAACACUGUCAGAGACACGCCCAUCGUGACCAUCAAAGCCACCUCUCCACUUGGGGAUCCCAGGGUGACUUACAACCUGGAGGACGGAAUGGUCCCAGAGACCAACAUGCCAGUUCGCUUCUACUUGACCCCAAACCGAGAGGACGGUUCGGCCUCCAUCUUGGUGGCAGAACCCCUGGACUACGAGACCACCAGGAACUUCAUGCUGCGGGUCCGUGCGCAGAAUGUCGCUGCAGUACCAUUGGCUGCCUUCACUAUAGUCUAUGUCAACGUUACAGACGUGAAUGACAACGUCCCAUUUUUCACUUCCUCCAUCUACGAGGCCUCGGUUACUGAAGGAGCAGAAUCGGGAACUUUGGUUUUUCAGGUUUCAGCCAACGACCUUGACUUGGGUCUCAAUGGCAAGAUCUCCUACUCCCUGCUUGAGGAUCGCAGUGGUGACCACCAGUAUUUCCGGAUCGAUCCAGAGUUGGGUUUCAUCUACACGCAGACCAUCUUUGAUCGUGAGACCAAAAGCUCAUACCUGUUGGAGGUUCAGUCUAUGGAUGGCAGGGAAUCAGCACGGCCUGGCAAACAUGGGCAGCCCAACUCAGACACAGCAUAUGUUCGAGUUUUUAUAAGUGACGUGAACGAUAACAAACCAGCGUUUGCACAAACUUCCUAUGAAGUGGAUGUGGACGAGGAUGCAGACGUCGGCUUCGCUAUACUCACCGUCAGUGCCAUCGACGGGGACGAAGGUGGAAAUGCUAAGCUGCGCUACCAGAUCACAUCAGGGAACACAGGAGGGGUUUUUGAUGUGGAACCAGAAGUGGGCACCAUCUUUAUCGCCCAGCCUCUAGACUAUGAACAGAACAAAAGGUACAAGCUUCAUGUUCUGGCAUCAGAUGGAAAGUGGGAGGACUACACAACGGUGACGGUCAAUGUGGUCAACAAGAACGACGAGGCUCCUGUGUUUACUGUGAACGAGUACUACGGCAGUGUAACGGAGGAGCUAGAUGGUUCACCAGUGUUUGUGUUACAGGUAACAGCUUCCGACCCAGAUAAGGAUGCUGAUCAGGAGGCUCUGCGUUACUCUCUGCAUGGCCAGGGAGCAGAGAGUGAAUUCAUUAUUGAUGAGGUCACAGGAAAGAUCUACGCCCAGCGGACACUGGACCGCGAGGAGCGAGCCGUGUGGCGUUUUGUUGUCUUGGCCACAGAUGAAGGCGGCGAAGGUCUCACGGGCUUCACAGACGUCAUCAUCAACGUGUGGGACAUUAAUGACAACGCGCCCAUCUUCACCUGCGCCCCCAGCUGCCAUGGAGAUGUGGCUGAAAACUCUAUGGUGGGGACGUCUGUGAUGGAGAUGACAGCCACCGACCUGGACGACUCAGCGGUGGGGCAGAACGCAGUGCUCUCCUACAGGAUUCUGGGUAGUUUAGACGCCACUAAUCUUGAGGUGGGGGGUCUGCCUACCUUCUCAGAGAUGUUCACCAUCAAUCCCACCACGGGGACCAUCACUGUCGCCAUGGGAGGCCUGGACAGAGAGCAGGUGGAGUCUUACCUGCUGGUGGUGGAGGCCAGAGAUGGGGGAGGGAUGACAGGAACUGGAACUGCUACCAUUAAUAUAAAGGAUGUAAACGACCACGCUCCAAGAUUCACUGAUCACACCUGUCUGGCGAGGAUCUCUGAGAAUGCAGAGCCCAAUGCUCAGGUUCUGGAGUUGGCUGCAGAGGACAGAGACACUGGAGAAAACGCUCAGCUAACCUUUAGCGUUGUUGCUGGAGACCAAGAGCAGAAGUUCUACAUGGUCAGUCACAAGCAGGAGCAGCGUGGCACCCUGAGGCUCAAGAAACGCCUGGACUUUGAACGACACAGCGAGCAGAGGUUCAAUCUCACACUGAAGGUUGAAGACCUGGAUUUCUCCAGCCUGCUGCACUGUGUGGUGGAGGUGGAGGACUACAAUGACCAUGCUCCUGUCUUCAUCCCACACUUCCUGUCUCUGGCCCCACUUCCCGAGGACAUCACUGUGGGAACCAGCGUGGCACGCUUGGUGGCGAGUGACUCUGAUUCAGGCCAGAACCGUGAGAUCACCUACGGCCUAUCAGAGGACUCGGAUCCUGAGGGGCUGUUCACCAUCGACCAGUCCGGACUGCUCUCUGUAGCCCGACCUCUGGAUCGAGAGAGGGUAUCGCAGCAUCACCUGGUUGUCAUAGCAACGGAUCACGGGGCUCCACCUCUGACGGGCAGCGCUACAGUCCAGCUGCCUCUCUUGGAUGUAAAUGACAACGGACCUGAGUUUGAGGCCAUGUACGCCCCUGUAGUCUUUGAGAAUGUGGCUGGACCACAGGUAGUAAGAAUGAACCUAACGUCGACCCUCCUCCGAGCUGUGGACCGGGACUCUUCCGAGAACGGCCCGCCCUUUCACUUCACUGUUCCCUCUGAGUAUCGCCACAGCAAUGACUUCUACCUCCAGGACAACCUCAAUGGCACAGCGACACUCACAGCUCUGAGGACGUUUGACCGAGAGCGCCAGAAGGAGUUCCUUAUUCCUAUUAUUAUGAGCGACAGUGGCCGACCAGCCAAAACUGUGACCAGCACGCUGACAGUGACCAUCGGGGACCAGAACGAUCACGCACAUGUGGCAGGGGAGAAGAAAAUCUUCAUCAAUAGUCACAGAGGCCGGAUGCCGACUACAGUGCUUGGAAAGGUUUACUCUCCUGACCCUGACGACUGGGACAACAAGACAUACGUCUUUGAGGGACAUGUGCCAAGUUACUUCAUCCUGAACAAGCGAACUGGCUUCCUGAUCAUCAAGGAGAAUGCUCCACCCGGCACCUAUCAGUUCCAGAUCCGUGUGUCCGAUGAAGUCUGGCCAGACGCCGUCUCUGCAGUCACCGUGCAUGUGAGGGAGCUGCGAGACGAGGCCAUCUACAACUCAGGCUCCCUUCGCCUGGCAGACAUCACAGCGAAGGAGUUCAUUGAACUGAGAGGGAGGCAGCGGAGUCGCUAUGAGCUGUUGGUGGACUUCCUGUCUGAGAUGCUCUCUGUUCCACCUGAUGAAGUCAACAUCUUCAGCCUGAUGGAUGUGAAGGAGCGAAUGCUGGAUGUGCGCUUCGCUGUGCACGGCGGACCCUCCUUCCUCCAGCCGGAGAAAAUGCAUGGUUACCUGGCUGCUCACAAACAAAAGCUCCAGUCGUUCCUGCAGGUCAGCGUAGUCCAGGUGCGGGUAGACGAGUGUCCUACUUCAGAGUGUGCUGGAGCUGGCGGCUGCACCACUGUCUUAAAUGUGCGGGACACACCAACAGUGGUGGAUUGUGGGACCAUGAGUCUUGUCUCUGUGACAGUGGAAUCCACGGCAGUGUGCUCCUGUCCCGGCAGAGAGCAGUCCCAUCAGCCCUGCAGUGCCUAUCCCAGAAACCCUUGCUUCAAUGGAGGCAUGUGUGUCGACACUCAGCAUGGCUACAGGUGCCAAUGCCCGGCUCAGUAUGAGGGGCCUGAGUGCCAGCAGAACAAGCACAGUUUCCAAGGCAACGGAUAUGCCUGGUUUCCUCCCAUGAUGCCUUGUUUUGAGAGCCAUGUGUCUCUGGAGUUCAUCACGGAUGUGGCUGAUGGACUGCUGCUCUACAGUGGUCCCUUAGCCCAGCUGCAGGCCUGGGACCACGAGGACUUCAUAGCUAUAGAGCUAAUAGAUGGGACCCCCACCUUGAAAAUCAACCAUGGCUCGGGCACAGUGGUGUUACAGUUGCCAGGCAACGUAAACGUGGCAGACAGGCGGUGGCAUCGGCUGGAUGUCCGCAGCAACAGCAAGGAGGUGCGGUUCACCCUGGAUCGCUGUUCAGGCGCAGCAGUGAUGGAGAUGGAGGGACUGGGCAGCUGGUUGACCACAGAAGACCACUCAUCGUGUGAGGUGACAGGUGUCACACCCAACACUGACAGACACCUGAACAUGAGCCACGUGCUCCAGCUCGGCGGGGUGAACGAGGACAUCCCGUACAUCUACCCUCAGCUUCAACACAAACACUUCACCGGCUGCAUCCGCAACCUCAUCGUAGACAGCAAGCUGUAUGAUUUGGGCUCUCCGGCCGACUCUCAGUCCAGCUCUCCGGGCUGCCUGACCACGGACAGCAGCUGUGUCAACAUGGGCUACCCGUCCUGCGGCCACCGUGGUCGCUGUCACGGCGAGUGGGGCUCCUUCAGCUGCCAGUGUGUGCCGGGAUACACGGGACACCAGUGUGAGGAGGAAGUCCCAGAGUAUUCCUUUGACGGCCACAGUCAUGUGCAUUACCAGUUGGCGUCCCCGCUCUCGGCCCGGAGGACAUGGGUUCAAGUCCUGGUUCGAACCCGCAAACAUAGCAGCACCAUCCUCAACCUCAUCUCAAAGGAGCAGAGUGAAUACAUACGACUAGAGGUCUUCCAGGGCCUCCUCUGUGUUUUCUUUAACCUUGGUGAUGGGGACUACAACCUUACCCUGCCCACUUAUCGUCUCGAUAACGGUGAAUGGCACGAGGUCUCCCUGGAUCGGCAUGACAAUGAGAUGACGCUGCGACUAGACGGUGGCGGGGGUCAGAGAGAGGUCACGGGAUUGAGGGGCCGAAGCAGAGAAAUCAUCAUAGACCCCACUGUGGUGAUGUUGGGAAACAGCUUUCCCUCUGGAAUCAACAAGAGCUUUCAGGGCUGCAUGAGGGAUUUACGCUUCAAUGGUCGCUACAUGCCACUGGACAGCCAGCCUCGGGAUGGGGUUUCCCAGGUCAGCAUGCAAGGCCUGUCCCCUGGGUGUUCGUCAGACUCCUGCAAAAGGAACCAGUGCAGCCCCCCCUUCACCUGCGUUGACCUGUGGAGGGUACAUGAAUGCAGAUGUCCUCCUGGCCACAUGAUCCGUGUGAACGGCACAAAAAAGUCCUGUGUGUACACCCUCUGUGCCACGCGCCCCUGUCACCGGGGGACCUGCGUGGCCCAGUCACCAUCCAAAUUCACCUGCCACUGCCCGGAAGGCUACAGAGGACGCCACUGUGAGACAACACUGGCCAUCUACAGAGAUGACGUUGGCCUGAGCUUCAGCUCCCUCUUUGCCAUCUGUAUCUGCUUCAUGGCCUUACUAGUGCUGCUGCUGGGCAUUUUCCUCUACACCCGCUGGAGGAGCUACAAAGGGCUGAAGGAGGGAGUGUACCACGUGUCCGCCCAUCACGACGGCUGGGAGGACAUCCGAGAGAACGUCCUCAACUACGACGAGGAGGGAGGCGGGGAGGAGGACCAGAAUGCGUACGACAUGGCGGAGCUGCAGAAGUCCCUCCAGCCGAGCCCGGCCCAGUCUGUUCAGUACUGCCGCUCCAGAGCCUUGCACCACCCUCCUCCUCCCCAUCAUCACCACCACCUCCUUCACCAAGCAACCCCUGCCCCGCCUUCCACCCAGCCUCUGGACUCCCUCAGCCGGACCACCAGCUCCACCACUCUUCCUCCUUCAGCAGCAUCCACCUCCUCCGUAGGUACCACUAGCCUGCGGAGAGACGUCCCCCCUACCAGACUUCCUGCCCAGGGCCAAGCACGACCCUCACAGCUGGCGCGCCGCUCCCUCUCCUUCUCCAGCCAGGACCUAGCCCGCUACCUGUGUGAGAUCAUCCGCGAUGCUGACCAGCAUCCAGACACGGGCCCUUUUGACUCCCUGCAGGUCUUCUCCACUGAGGGAGGUGGCUCUCCAGCUGGCUCUCUCAGCUCUUUCAGCUCAGCUGGACUGGACGGGGGGAGCAGCACAGACGGUGGAGGGGGAGGGGAGGGCAGGAGGGAGGAGACGCUGGGGGAGUGGGGGCCUCGCUUUGAGAAGCUGCGGGCGCUGUACGAGCGAGCCGAAGCAAGCGACCUCUGAGCUCAGAGGCACGCAGACAAAACUGAGGGACCCUCAAAACGGGCCAACCCCAAACAAUCAAUUAGCAGACGCUGAGCGCCGACCGAGGCAGGAAAACAGCGAGAGACUGAGUGACAGAGAGACUCGCUCUCCUCGCCCUGACACAGGAGGUGUUGUAUUUACUGGAUGAUGAGCACCGUCAAUCAACACGGCGGCCUAACAGACAGAUGAAAGCGUCCCUGAGAAUAGAGGCUGUUGCUCCACGCUCCUCUUGCUCGGAGCAGACGUUAUCAAACCUGCCACUCACCUUAAAGGCUUCAGAACGUCACUCUCUACCUGGGCUACUCAUCAUGAUGGAGCUCAGCUUCACUGUCAGACAAAUCUGUUCCAGUCACAGCCAAUAACACCACAAAUUUCCUCUAUUUUCUAACACUCAUUGUGAGCCGAGUGUCAGAUGAAGGCCUGAAAUGUGAAAUGAAACCUUUUUUUUAUAUAUAUCUGAGCAAAUCAAUGCCACCUGAAAUGUAUUUUUUAGCACCUUGCUGCUGAAUUCAAUCUUUGUAAAUAAAAGACGGACUCUAUAUAUGCCUCACUGUGCUGUUGGAUGAAAGACAGUGAAGAUGAGAGGGAUCAUACUGAGUAGCCCGUAUAACACAGAGUCUGGAUUUUCAGUAUAUAGUGGACACAUUGUGUUCUUGCUGCCUGGCUGUACACAGCUUUUGUCAAUGUUUGAAAAAAAAGUGCUUCGACCAUGACUGGGUUGCAGAUUGAGAUUUUAUUUUUCUGGUUUUGUUUUUUGUUUUUCUGGUAAUGUGUCUUUCGCUGGGUUGAGUAAUUCUGUAUUGGUUGGGUGUUUCAAGUUGCAACGCUCCGUGGGUUGUUAGCCAUCAAGCUUUCUACUUACUACUGCGCCCUCGUCUUCAUGUGAUUUCCUAUUCUCAUUCGAGCUCUCCUCCGCCGCUCCUCACCCGAGGGAGGCUGCAGAAAAAUUCAAACAGCUUUGUUAAAAAGAAAUGGGAGCGGACGUGCGGACGGCGGGAGGGAGGAAAUACUUGCUCUGUUGCUCUGUUCCGCGUACGCUCUUCCCCGGGCAUACCAAAUGCGGUGGCUUCGAGAGACCGCUCUAACAGACGGUUGCUUGGUAGAAUACAAACUACGUCAAACGCCUUUCCAAGGUGACUACUCAAUAAAUACAAACAGAGCGAGGAGGAGCAGGGAGAUUUAUAAUGAUUACUCGUGUAGUUCUGAGCUCUUAUACCUGUGCCAUACACAGUUUUCUCACACAUUCAUCUAUUGCUCUUCCCUGAAUUACCCAGGCUCUUAGCUGGAUCAGUGUGAUAAUUGUUGGAAAGUGGGCUGAUGGAAAAUUGCACAGGGAACAAUAAAUCUGCAGUUAUUGUGCAAGCUGUGUUGUCAGCACAGGGGAAAGUGUUCCUCUUAUUUAGCUUUCUUGUCAUACCGUUCCUGUACCAAAAAAUAAAAAGUGUCGCUGUUUUUGUGAAACCGCUGCGAGGGAUUUGUCUGAAAGGAACAAAAAAGCAAAGAAGUGUAAAAAGAAGGGAAGGUUAGAGGCAGAGAGUUUGAAAAAUGACUUGAUCUUUUCACCUGGUGAUAAGAGAGAUGAGAUGAGAAAUGAGGAGGGGAGGCAGAGAGGGAGCAUCUGAUCAAGUGCCUGGCCCUGUGAUAGACGGUUUCUCUCAGUAGCUCCACAGGUAGCUGUAGAGAGGGGGGCAAAUAAUCUAGAUACAAAAGUCAUAUGCCCCCACCCCAUCCUCAUCCUUCUCCCUGCAGUCCUCCAAAAUACCAACCUGGCGUCACAUUGUGUUCCAGGUGCUGGAUCCUUCAGAAAGUAGCAGCUGCACUCACAUCGUGUUUCUUUUUAUUCGUCUCCACGCUGGCAGAGCAGAGCCUGUCUGCACAGAGCAGUUAAAGGGUGGGAGGGUGUGAAAACAUGUCAGAUCACUAAUCCUAAUAGGAGCUGAUGGCUCGCUGUCAUGCAGGGAAAACCAAAGGGAUGUGGGCUCUCCAAAAAAGACAUCGAGGAGUUGAUUUCCAGAUUGAGUCUUUUCAGAAAUGCUAUUUUCUCAAAAGCAGAGGCAACAAUGUUGCUUUAAAAGUAAGGGACUCAGCAGUCAUGAGGAUGCACGGAUGAUGCCUAAAAGUCAGACACACCUGCUUUAUUUUCUUUUUUCUAUAGACAGUGGGGACUUCCUGGAGGGGGAUGCUUGUUUUGUAUUCCUCUGCAGAGAGGGGCCGAGCCUGCAUCACGCAGAGACGAAGGAUGAAGAAGCUUUAUGCUUCACCUUUCUCUCUCUCUCUUUCUGCAGCUGUAAGGAGCAGCCUUUCACUCCCAAACACCACCGUUCAUUCAUUUGUACCAUAAACAGCUUCUUAAAUGUUGUGUUCUGGGUGCAGACAUGUUGUGAACAAAGUCAAUGUUUUUACCUCAUUUGUAAAUACAGAGAUUAAUUAAUUACUUACAAUGAUUGCUUUUUAUGUCAAGAAAAGCAGCCUCUGUUGAAAAUGUGCAGCUUCUGAGAAAAAAACAUCAAACCAAACAUAUCUUUUUUAUCAUCCCGACGGUGGUGACGAGCUUUGGACAGUUCCGUGAGUGUUUUGUAUUUGCUUUGAUCUUUUUUUUCUCAAUAAAUUCAUUUAUUUGCACCAGUGA